AUGGGCAUCUCGGAUCCUUACGCGGUGUAUGUAGGCAGGAAUCGCGCACUGAGGUGCAAAGCUUGCGAUGCCAGUAUCAAGCACGAAGCGCUUUGGUCCUCUCACGCAUCUAGCAAGAGUCACAGAGGAAAUGUGACGAGGUUGAAAGCUGAGCUCAGAGAGGCUGAAGAGCAGAGACUGGCCGAUGAGGCUCGGAGUGAGCUUGUGGAUGAUGCGGCUGCUGGCACAGAGACGGACAGGAAGCGAACAGCAGAGGAGUUGGAGUCCGAAUCUUCGGCGUUGGGAAUUGCAGGGAGGUCCGAUGCGUCAGAGAGCAAAAGGCAAAGGACAACACACAGCUCGCAUGACGAUCAGCGUAUGGAGGAGGAGGACGAAUGGGCCAGAUUUCAGGCAGAAGUGCUCAAUGCUCCCUCCACCUCCGAAAGUGGAGUGGCAAAGUACGUCGACUCGACCAUCGAAGUAGCUCCUGUCCUUCGUAGCCAGAACGGAUCCGUGCCCUCGCAGAGCGAGCAAGCGCAGCAGCCUGAAGAAAUUGAUCAGGUCGGUGCGGUGGAGACGGAGGAAGAGAAAAGGGAAAGGCUGGACAAGGAGGCGAAAGAGGAGAUUUACGCAAGAAUGGAGGAGGAACAGAGGCUGCAGGAUGAAGCCGACGAGAGGUGAGUCACAUUACGUUCCGCAAAUGUCUUGUUGGUUCGUGCAAAAGUACAGGCGACGGAAAGACAUCUGUGCUGCCCUUAGAGAUGGCCGCAAGAAUACUGGCUCGUGUAGCAGAGAACAAUGCCCCAAGGUUGUCCAUCGCAAGGGAUCCGAGAUCAAGGUCACUGUUCAAUCAGCCGCAGGCUCGACGCGUAUCCUUCCUGUCUGUUUUCGCUCACCUCUUCUUUCGUCGUUGAUCCGCUCCUCCCAACAACAGAGUGACAGCACUUCGCGCGCGCCUGGAUCGCUUCAAAGCUGUUCGGUCAGCGCGUCAAAAGCUGGCUGACGAAUCAGCAGCACGAGGAAAGCCUAAUGGAAGCAGCCUCCUGUCCUCGAAAAGAGGCUCCUGA